AUGGGCCCUCGGAAGAAGGCAAAGGGGCGGGUCUGGUCGAGAAAGAUGGGAAAAGAAAGAAAGAAAGCUCUUUUAGCGAGGAGUGGGAAAAGGGCAGGAACUGAAACUUCCAAUGGAUCAUCAGACCGCUUCUGCCGUCGAUCUUUCUCUUUUGUUGUGAGGAGUAUGUCGGAUAGGCUCCCAGUCUUUCUCACCAAGUCUGAAGACUCCCUUAGCCGGCUCUAUACAUUGAUCGGCUUGGCGCACAAAAGAAAGAGGCCUAUGGCAAAGGGACAGCGAGAAGCUUCUCACAGAGAUAACUCGCAUAUGAAAGAAAGGAUGCUUCGCUUGCUUUUAUUAUAUGCGGUUCCUGCUUCUAGCGCGAAAGCACGCAAGGAGGUAGCGCGGGCCAAAUACAGCCCACCUAACAGCUUGCCCGAGCGUGACGGGUUUCGGCAUUCAAAGUCAAACGAUUCUUUAGAUUCUCGAGGAACUGGUCGAAAGAGGGAAGCCCAUCUUAAGGUUGAAUCUUCUCGCGAAGCCAACACAUACCCUGCUAUCCGGGCGAGAGAUUCAGUCUACAAGAAGCUGGCAGAGCUUUAG